AUGGCAUCUGACAAGAAAAUCGUACUUAUUACCGGCGCUAAUGGUGGCAUCGGUCUGGAAACCGUGGUUCAUCUUGCUCAGAGCUCAACCGAGUAUCAUAUCCUGCUGGCCUCUCGCUCAGUAGAGAAUGGCCAAAAGGCCUUGCAGCAGAUCAAGUCCACCCAUGGCGACUCCCUCAAAAGCUCCGUGUCAGUUUUGCAGCUUGACGUGACGAGCCGCGAGUCUGUACUAGCCGCCAAAGAUGAGAUUGAGAGCACAUAUGGCAAACUCGACGUACUGGUCAACAAUGCGGGCAUUCUCCUCAUCAAGCCCAUGGACAUACUCGAGAAGCUCCGCACGACUUUUGAGACCAACGUCUUUGGCCCAUGGUUUCUGACCGAGACGCUGGAACCCUUGCUCAAGAAGUCGGCGGCGCCCUUGAUCAUCAAUGUCUCCUCAGACCAAGGGUCCAUCACCCGCAAGCUGGAUCCGAGCAACCCCGGCGCCAAGACGCCCGGAGAGCCCUACCGGGCCAGCAAGUCGGCCUUCAACAUGAUGUCGGCGUGUCAGCGCUACUCGUACAAGGAGUGGGGGUGCAGGGUGUGCGCUUUCAAUCCUGGCUUCUGCGUCACUAACCUCACCGGCGAGGAGACGCGGCAGUUUCGCAUCGACCAUGGUGCCAGGCCUGCAAGCGAUCCGGCCAAGGCGAUGGUAAUUGUUAUUGAAGGCAAGCGUGAUAAGGAUUUCGAGGAGAAUGGAAUGUUUGACCUGGAUGGAGGAUUUCUGCCGUGGUAA